AUGUCCGAUACAGCAGGCACCGUGCUUCACGAACAGCAUUCCAAGGAAAAAGAAGAUAUGGCUACUCAAGAUACUGCGGCCGUCGACAAUAUUAUAACGUCCGACGCAACCAUCCAUGUGGAUAUAGAGAAGGAAACCGUCUCGACCCCCUGGGAAGAAGAUGGCCCUAUUUCUGAUCAUCCAUUACAAACAUCGACCCUCGAUGCUUCCGCUUAUAAUGACGGCAAUCCUUGGGCACAGCAAGACAGCGCACUCUUAGAGGAUGAAGAAGACAACAGUCAUGUGGAUACACCUAUUAUACCGACCACCACGGCUGAGGACGUUAAACCUGCAAGUGGAAAUACUUGCCACAGCAAAGGAUUCCACAAUGCAACGGACACCAGCCAGAUCGUCGAUUUGACUAUUUCGGGUCGGUUGCCGGAUUGGCUUACUGGAGAAGUGCUCACCAUCGGUCCUGGAACGUACGAUAUCAAGUAUACCCGAAAGGUAGAAAUUGAUGGUCAGCUUCAGAGUGCUUCGGCACUAUUUACCUUUGGCCAUUGGUUCGAUGGUUUGCCUUUGGUCAAUCGAUACGAUUUCAACGGCCAGCGUAACAGUAUUAGCUAUCGAAAUCGUCUUACCAGUCGCCGACUUAUCGAUAAGAUUCGCGAUCAUCAUGGCUAUGCUCCUUCUCACCCCGCCAGUUUGUUCAAGACCAAUAGCAAUCAAACCAUUCUCGCCAAAUUUAUCCGAUCCGGUACGAAAUUAAACAAACCCGAUGCUGAACCUUGUGCCGCACGCAUCUUGCCCAACAUUCCGGGACUGGAAGGACGUUUAUUUGCACAGAACAGCAGCAAUCAUUUUCAAGAACUCGAUCCGUUUGAUCUGAAGCCGACUCGAUUGUUAUCGUGGGAUCAGAUUAACCCACAAUUCAAGGGUUACAGUUCUUGUCCGAAUGGAAGAUUUGAUCCAAAAACGAAAGAAUACAUCAACUUUACCAUGGAUAUCGGCUACAACUCCACCCGAUACAAUUUCUUUUCGCUAAACGAGCAGAACAUAAAAGGGUCGCUGGUUGCUUCAGUGGUUGCACCUCCGGCCUUUGUGAAUAGCUUUGCGCUCACUUCAAACUAUAUUAUUCUGACCAUCUUCCCCAUGUUGGUCAAUAGCGGUGCUGUCAAGUUUACGUGGAACGAAAGUAUUUUGGACUCAUUCUCUUUCUCCAAGACCGAGCCUACUUUAUUCUACGUCAUUUCGAGAGAAACCGGCCAAACCAUAUCUAUUUACCGAUCUGAUCCUUGCUUUGGCCUUCAUCAUGUUAAUGCCUUUGAAGACGAAAAUAAUAAUGUGUUUGUGGAUAUAGUUUGCUAUCCCGACGACACCAUUCUUCAUCAGCUGACCACCGAAAGUCUGCGAAACCCGAACAACAUGAAUCCUCCUCGAUUAAUGCCGUCCGAAGUGCGACGAUAUUUGCUUCCUAGCGUUGAAGAAGAACACGCCACCUAUUUAGCCAACAGCACAUCCUUGUCAUCUGCAUCUACCGUCACAUCUCGCAUUUCGUCCAUGUGGAGCUAUAUACGAAAAUCGGAAAAGGAAACAAAGAAUCGUGCCGUUGAUACCAACAAAUGGUAUGCUUGGAUGACGGUGGCUUCGUAUGAAAAAUUGGUCCAACCUUCACUGGAAUUACCGCAAAUCAAUCCAUACUAUCAUCUGCGGAAAUAUUCCUACAUGUACAGUUUGGGAUUCUCAGCUUCGAGUUCCAUAAGGGACGGCGAAAUUUGGGACAGUAUUGUCAAGACGGAUGUUCAAAAUAAGUCUAUUAUUGCAUCUUGGCAUGAAGAGCAUUGUUAUCCAAGCGAACCUUUGUUUAUCCCUCGUUCACCUGCUAACUCUGACGAAGAGGUCGCGGAAGAUGAAGGCGUGCUUGUCAGUGUUGUUAUGGACGCUAUCCGGGACACGUCGUUCCUAUUGGUACUCAAUGCUAGUACUUUGGAAGUGCACGCACGAGCUGAAUUAGGCCAGCUCAUUCCUAUUAGUUUUGCUCAUGGAUCUUACAGAUUACGGCAAUAA